AUGAUGAAAUUCUGUCUCAAAAUCCCCGUGUUUGCAAAGCUGAGGGAACGCACCCAGCACACGCGUGUGCGGCGGUUCAUGGGCCGCUACAACCCCAAGAACGUGAAGACGGCGCCGGCUCGUGCGGCUCUCCGAGAAAGCGCACAGGACCCGCCGACCAAGGACCCGACGACCAAUCAGCUCACGAAUCCUUCAGUUGAAGAGUCCAGUUCCGAAUCAGACGAUGUCUCGGCCAGUUCCCAGUCAAGCGCCAUGGCGGCAGGACAUCGGCGCCUCAAGCGACUGGAUCAGGCGCUGCUGGAUACGCAUUCAGGCGCCGUCAGGACCCUCGCGUACCAGUCUCCGUUCCUGUGGCAGGCGGGGAAUAUGGUGAUGGGCACCGUCGUGGACUACUGUGUCUCCCGUUUCGCCAAGAGAACCGAAGGACUCGUGUUUCCGGUUCUAGCUGCCGUUUUCGCAGAGAUCGUGUUCGCCUACGAGCGCCGGACAGAGAGGGUGCGUAGCGCGACGGAAAUCACGGGUGACAUGACAUGGCUUGGGAAACCUUCCGGUGAAAUGGUUUUCUACCACGUGAACUCUGUCGCCGGUGUGCACGAACCGGACUACCUGUUUGCGGUGCUCAAGUGGGUUUUCCAGGCACGACACUCUGGUGCGGCGGGGACGUUCAAGAACAGCUCAUUUGUGUAUGUAAGUAAGCCGCGUCAAGCCAACCGGGUCGAUUGCGGCAUUUAUAUGCUGUACUAUCUGGGCAAGGUAAAGUGCUACAUCGAGAACCACCAGCCGCGAGCGCUCAUGGACGUGAUGCGACUGCUAACGAUUGGGUCGUUCAACAGUUCAAGCGCAGAGUCGGCGAGGGCGUCACUGCUGACCCAAGUAACCAGAAAUGCUUAG